AUGAAACCUUUAUUUUACUCCUUCGAUGACUCUAAUCGUGGUUCAAAAAUGAACAGACUAUUGAAGAAGAAGAGGAAAAAAGAUUCAGCCAAACAUCGUGAGGCUUAUAGAUUGUUUACAUCCGAUGGUGAAAACGCAAAGGAGGCAACUAAUGGGGGUGAAGCCGCAGGUGAUGCUUCGGCUGACGGUAAAGUGAUUAAAAUUGACAAAGGAUUGGCACAAAUGCACAAGGAGCACGAGCUGGAUCAUUUGGACCAUGAUUCUCAUUCAGGUGAAGAUAAAUUUGUGAAAAUGAUUUGGGACAAAGGUGAUGGUUUUGUUAAGCGAUGGCAUUGGGAUAGAGGCGAGAAAGUGAAAGAAAAUCAUUCGGUGGCAGCAAAGAAACACUUGGAACAUCAUGACAAAGGUAAAGUUGAUGAACACGUGGAGAAACAACAAGGAGUGGUAGUUCAUUCAAAAAAUAACGAGUCUAGUGAAACCAACGGAAUUGAAAAAAUGGCCAAGAGCUCAAUAUCAAGGGACCAAGAAACAAAAAAUGAUGACAUAAUUGAGCAGUUAAAGUUGAAACUGUUGAAACAAAGACUUCAACAACAGCAACAGCAAUCUGAUCAGAAAGGUGGACAGUCCAUAGUGCUAGACGGUGCACAAGCUGCUAAAAACAAUGAAAACAGUGACAAUGAUGAUGUAAACGGGGACAACAGGAUUGAGCUUUUGCUUGGCAAUCAAGAUAGUGGUGAAGAAGCAGAUUCUGAUGACAAUGACAUCAAUAACCACGGUUUGAGAAGACAAAAUCAGUAUAAGGAAAUCAUUAAAAAAGACGAUAAAAAUGAAGAUGAACCCAGAUCAAAGGCACGAAGAUUUCCAGUGAGAAAACAGCAGAGAAACAAAAAUGAGAAUGAUGAAAAUAACGAAUCAGACGAUUCUGGUGACAAUGGAGAAGGAAAUAAAAUCAAGAAACACCGGGAUUAUCAUCGUAAAGUAACAGUCAGAGAGGAAAAGUCAGAAUUGGCAGCUCAAGAAAGAUACAGAACGGGAGAUAAAAAUAAUGAUGAAAUAAACAAAGAAAAUGAUGAAAACAAUGGCGACGAAGGUGGUAAUGGAUAUGAAUCUGGAUCCAAGGGGAGUGGAUACAUUAAACAUUAUCAGCUGACCUCAGAUGGACAAAAACGUUCGCUUAAUCCACUUGAUUUUUCCUCAAUUAUUGGUGAUCAAUCAUUACAAAUUAAAACAGCAGUUGCUCAAGAUAAUGGUAAAAUAGUCGACAAUAAAAAUGAAGUCAAGCCAUCAGAAAAAUUGGACAAUACAAGUCUAACUCGGAAACGUUUGUUGACUCAAAAUCAUUUCCAGCCGAAUACAUUGCAACUAAUUAAUCCGCGAUAA